AUGAAUAAAUUGGAUAAAGUAAAUCAGUCUGUAAUUUCAGAAUUUGUGCUUCUGGGACUUUACCAUUCAUGCAAUAUUCAGAUUAUACUCUUAGUAAUAUUUUUUUUGCUUUAUCUGAUCAUUGUAUCUGGAAAUGUUGUCAUCAUGAUCUUAAUCAUUAUUGAUUCCCAUCUCCAUUCCCCAAUGUACUUCUUAUUGGCCAACCUGUCCUUUGUUGAUAUGUGGCUUUCCUCCAUCACCACUCCUAAGAUGAUUACAGACUUUCUUAGAGUGAACAAGACCAUUUCCUUUGGAGGCUGCAUGUCCCAGAUCAUUUUUGUGCAUUUUGUUGGAGGAGGUGAGAUGGUGCUACUGGUGGUAAUGUCCUAUGAUCGCUAUGUGGCAAUCUGCAAACCACUCCACUACUCCACCAUUAUGAGCCUGCAAAGAUGUAUUAGACUGGUGUUGACUUCCUGGACUUUUGGCUUUGUGCAUGCCAUGAGUCAGAUGGUUGUGAUUGUUCAGCUGCCAUUCUGUGGCCCCAGGGAGAUAGACAGCUUCUUCUGUGAUAUACCACUGGUAAUCAAGCUUGCCUGCAUGGAUUCCUCUAACUUGGAAAUGUUAAUGAAUGGUGACAGUGGAAUUCUGGCCAUGACUUGCUUUAUUCUGUUGCUGACAUCCUACACAUAUAUUCUUCUCACUGUCUACCGAAGCUCUAAAACUGGGGCUUCUAAGGCACUCUCUACCUGUACUGCCCACAUCACAGUCGUGGUGCUCUUCUUUGGGCCCUGCAUCUUCAUCUAUGUGUGGCCACUUAGCAUCACCUGGGUGGACAAAUUUCUUGCUGUGUUCUAUUCUGUUAUUACCCCUCUCCUAAAUCCAGCCAUUUAUACCCUGAGAAAUAAAGAGAUGAGAAAUGCUAUGAAGCGGUUUAGAAGGUAUUACAUAAAUUCCAAGGUAAAUAUUUAA